CUGCGGACACCCCACACACACCGGGGGGGUGUCACUUUCUCCAGUCCCGGAGCGUCCCGGGACAAAAGCCGCUUUGGGCUCAAAUUCGGGGGAAUUGGGGUUCAGCUGGUCAGUGACCACCGGCCCCCCCAGUUUAUUCCCUUUUCCCCAUUUCUCACUCCAGAAGGGUUUUCCUGCUCCACUGGGGCUGCGCUGGCUCCUGGGAAGGUGUUGGGGUUCGCUGGGAUUGGCUCUGGUGUGAAUUAGCCUUGGAUGCGGUGCCUCGGUGCCUCGUUAGGGAGGAAUCCCGGCGGGAUUCCCGAGGGAUCCCGGGUGAGACAAUGCCUGCAGCAGGCUCGGACCCCGCCCGGAGAUGGACAAUAGGUCUGGGUCCCUGAGCCGCCGGGCCAUGGAGGAUGAGGCGGGAUCCCCACAGGAAGGAGAACAGGGACAGAUCCUGGAUCCUGCCAGAGAAAAAGGAUGAGACCAGAUCCCAGAUUCCGGGGGGAGAUGGAGCUGGAUCCUGGCUCCUGGGGGAUGGAGGACAGAGUUGGAUCCCCUGUCCCAGCAGGGGAUGGGGGACAGCGUCAGAGCCCAAAUCCUGCCAGUGAAUCCCAGCGCCGUAGUUUGGGUGAGUUUGGGGUAAAAGCACCGACCUUCGAGUUUAUCCUGUGGCCCCCUGGAGCAUCCCGGGGAUCCUGGUGACCCCUCACCAGGCAGGAAUUUCCCGAACCCAUGGAUUUCCCCCGGCAGGAGCAGCCAGGGGGUCCCUGCACCCGAGUGGGCCAUUCAGUUCUGGAGCUUUCUGAAGCACCCAAAAUUGUGUGAUUUUCCCCUAAAAUGCCGGUACUCCCGGAAUUGCCGUUAUGCCGCAGGGCGGGGAGUGGUUUAUUCACGGUGAUUUACAGGUUGAUUGUGGUCAUUGACGCCAAGGCCAAAAUGCGUCCCGUUUAACUGGACUCUCACUGGACUCUCACCUUCUCCUGGGAAGGGGUCAGCGCGGACACCCGCGGGAUCUCUGGUGGCCACUCGGGUGGCCUGAGGAAGUGACACCGAGCAAGCGGAGCUAUGUCCAGGCCCGAACCGGGAGGCUGGGAGCACUGGGAGAGCACCACGGUGUCCGGCCCCACACCACCAGGAACAGUGGCCGAACCAGCCCCACGCCACACCUGGAGCCCCGGGGACAUCAGGAGCAUCUGGAGCGGGGAGCCACAUCCCGAGGGGCGCUCUGCGGCGAGCGGCGGUGCUGCCAGAGCUGGCCCCCGUCCCCGAGCCACACCGGAGGCACCUCGCUCUGGAGACACGAGAAGCCUGUGGUAUCCCACCCCACGCGGCCCUGGGAGCACUGGGAGCACUGGGAGCACUGGGAUCCCCAUCCCGCUGCCUCGCGCGGGACCCGCGGGCCACUUCCACAUGUGGCGGGACUACUUUGGGCUGGCGGCCAUGAUGACCACGCGUCCCCCGGCUCCGAGCUCCGGACCGGGUCCGCGCUCCGGACCGGCUCCAUGUGCAGGACCGGCUCCGAGCUCCGGACCGCCUCCGAGCACCGGACCGCCUCCGAGUACCGGACCGGCUCCGAGCUCCGGACCGCCUCCGCGCUCCGGGUCGGCUCCAUGUGCAGGACCGGCUCCGAGCACCGGACCGCCUCCGAGCACCGAAUCGGCUCCGAGCUCCGGACCGGUUCCGAGCUCCAGACCUGCUCCGACUUCCAGACCGGCUCCAUGUGCAGGACCGGCUCCGAGUACCGGACCGGCUCCGCGCUCCGGGCCACCUCCGAGUUCCAGACCGGCUCCAUGUGCAGGACCGGCUCCGAGUACCGGACCGCCUCCGCGCUCCGGUCCAGCUCCGAGCUCCAGACCGGCUCCGCGCUCCGGUCCAGCUCCGAGUUCCGGGCCGGCUCCGAGCUCCGGUCCGGCCCCACCUUCUGAGCUGACUUUGUGCUCGUUCUGCCAGCACAACGGGGAGUCCCCGGGCGUGUACCGGAGCCACAGGCUGCGGGACGCGCAGGGCCGCCUGCAGUGCCCGGUGCUCCGCAGCUACGUCUGCCCGCAGUGCGGGGCCACGCAGGACCAGGCCCACACCCGUCGCUUCUGUCCCCGCACACACCGAGGCUACACCUCCGUCUACUCCCGCCCGCUGCGCUCCAGCAGCGCCAGGAGGAGGCAGAAGAACAGCUGGAUGUAGCCGAGAGAUGGAGGAUCCCGCGUCCCCCUGCAGGGACUUCCUCAGAGCCCACGGCUCGGUGCUUCCCGGCCUGUGACGCUGUGCCACCUCCUGACACCGUGGGACCCUGCAAGAGCCGCU